ACAUGUGUCCAAAAGUGGAUACUUAUCAUUAUCUCAACGGGUACAGUACUAUUGAACACUGGACUUAAACUUGACCCUUAUCAAGUAAUAUGCCACUAUGAAAGCUGACUCAUGAAAAUUACCUAAUGGCCACCGCAAAGGAAAUAAAAGCAUUAUAAGAAAACAAAUUUUCUGUCCUAUUUUUUAUGUAUAAUUUAUGCUCCAUUAAUCACAACUUAUUAUAUAUUCAUUUUUUAGGCAUAUCAUCCUCACUAAUUUCAAUCAAUGUGGCUAAAUUAAUUUCCAUAGUUAAUAGAUGCAUUUAAUAAGAAGGAAAGCAAAUUAUAAUGCAUAAUAGACAAGAAAUUCUUAACCUCCCAUCCUGAUAUAAAACACAGUUUACUACUCUUCAGUUUUCAGAAUUGGAAAAAUGGCUAAUCAUGGAUCUCUUCUGUUUUGCUACAUAUCCUACAUUCUUAUACUCACCACAAGCUUAUCAUGCAGAGCCGCAGAUGAAGACAGGAAGGCAAGUGUUAUUUUCGUUGCAAAAGAAUCUGUCUCUUCUAUGGUCCAAUGGCUACUAAAACUAGAUUGCUACACAUAAAUCACGCCAAAUUUCCGUUUUAUAUGCCACUCUUUGUGACUUUCUGCUUAAGUUGUUGAUGAUAUGAUUCAGGUCUACAUUGUGUACAUGGGGUCACUUCCAACGGGGCAAUACUCUCCAUUGUCUAACCACCUUAGUUUGCUUCAAGAAGUUGUUGAGGGCAGUUCUAUAGAAAAUUGCUUGGUUAGAAGUUACAAAAGGAGUUUCAAUGGAUUUGCUGCCAAGCUCACUGAUCGUGAAAGACAAAAGCUUGCUAAUAGGAAUGAAGUAGUCUCUGUUUUUCCAAGCAAACCUUACCAUCUUCACACAACAAGGUCCUGGGACUUUCUUGGCUUUUCUGAGACAAUCAAAAGGAAUGCCACUGCUGAGAGUGAUGUCAUAGUUGGCGUUAUUGACACUGGAAUCUGGCCUGAAUCAGAGAGCUUCAAUGAUGAAGGAUUCAGUCCUCCCCCCUCGAAAUGGAAGGGUGAAUGUAAAGGCGGCAACAAUUUCACUUGCAAUAACAAGAUAAUUGGAGCUCGAUAUUACUCCUCAACAUCAAGUGAUAAUAUGUCUGCAAGGGACCAUGAUGGUCAUGGAACCCAUACUGCCUCAACGGCAGCUGGCAACAAAGUAGAGGGUGCCAGUUUCUAUGGAAUUGCUCAAGGUACUGCAAGAGGAGGGGUUCCCUCAGCGAGGAUUGCAGCAUAUAGAGCCUGCUAUCCAAAUGACUGUCAAGGAGAAAAAAUCUUGGCUGCUUUUGACGAUGCUAUUGCUGAUGGAGUUGACAUCAUUUCCAUUUCAAUAGGACCAUAUAUUGCAGUUGCAAAUUUCAGCCAAGAUGUCAUUGCGAUUGGUGCUUUUCAUGCGAUGGAGAAAGGGAUAUUAACUUCUCAAUCUGCAGGCAACAGUGCUGGUCUAAUAGCUAGUGUGUCAAAUGUAGCUCCAUGGAUAUUUUGUGUAGCAGCAAGCAACAUAGAUCGCCAAAUCAUAGACAAGGUUGUCCUUGGGAAUGGAAAGACACUAGAUGGAAUUGGAAUAAAUGGUUUCUCAUUAAAUGGAACUAAAUUUCCUCUGGUUCUUGGCCAAAAUGCUAUGAAGAAUACAUGCUCUACCUCUACCUCAGAAGGAGUUUGCAAUGCAGGUUGCCUAAACAGCAGUUUAGUAAUAGGAAAGAUUGUUGUUUGCGAUGAUCCUGAUGCAGAUUUUGAGGCCAGCAUUGCUGGUGCAGUUGGGUCAAUCUUGAAGAAUGACCCGUUUGAUGAUAUUGCUGAUGUCUUCUCACUACCUACAUCUUCUUUAAGCGUUGACAAAUAUGACAUAGUCGCAUCCUACCUUAAUUCUACAAAAGAGCCUCAAGCAACCAUUCUAAGAAGUGAAGCCAUACAAGUUGGUGAUGCACCAAUAGUUGCUUGGUUUUCUUCACUUGGGCCGAAUUAUGUUGUGCCAGAAAUCUUGAAGCCUGAUAUAACUGCCCCAGGGGUAGAAAUCUUGGCUGCGUACUCAGAAAUUGUUUCACCCUCAUCUAGCUCUCAAGACAAGAGGCGUGCUAAGUACAAUAUAUUAUCCGGAACUUCCAUGGCUUGUCCCCAUGUUUCUGGUGUGGCUGCAUAUGUCAAAACGUUUCAUCCUGAUUGGUCAGCUUCAGCAAUCAAAUCCGCUAUUAUGACUACUGCUUCGCCCAUGAAUGCUACCGAAAUUUUAGCAGCAGAAUUUGCUUAUGGAUCUGGGCAAAUCAAUCCAACAAAAGCUGUUGAUCCAGGACUCGUGUACGAUGCUUCCAAAGAAGACUACAUCAACUUGCUAUGCAGUUUGGGCUAUGAUGAGAAGAACCUUAGACUCAUUUCUGGAGAUAACAGCACUUGCCCCGAAGUUUCCACAAAAACAUUGGCUAGAGAUUUGAAUUAUCCUUCAAUGACGGCCAUGGUCAGUCCAUUGCAAUCUUUCAAUGUUACCUUUCAUAGGACAGUAACAAAUGUAGGCUUUGCAAACUCCACUUACAAGGCCACAACCUUUACAAAUUCUGAAGUGAAAAUAAUUGUUGAGCCUGAAGUGAUAUCCUUCACGUCCGUAAAUGAGAAGUCGUCUUUUGUGGUGCAUGUUACCGGAGGACAAGGAAUUCUGCCAACUAAUUACUCAAAGGCGUCCUCAUCAUUGGUAUGGUCUGAUGGCAGUCAUAGUGUAAGGAGCCCAGUUUUUGUGUAUGCACUGUCGAAUUGAUCAAUGGUGAAAAUGAUGUUGUUUUGAUCCUAAUUAUAUUAUGUAGUGGAAUAUUUACUAGAA